AGCCUGCCUCCUCGUUAUCUUCCCCGGAAGAUCUCAGGCCGCGCGUAGCACCUGACCGUCGCGGUUACAGACGGCUGGGAAAUGGGGGAAACGUCGCUCCUUUGCUCGUCAAAACCAUCCACGGACUGGUAAAAUGGCUACGGGGUGCCUUCUUCCGCGUUGUGUCAGCGUUAGAAGGGGCAGGGGGACAGUUCUCGGUCGUCUGUCACGAUGAAGCCGGCGGCGGCGAGGCGCUCGUGACUGUCCGGGGAAUGAAUGGCGCAGAGAGAGCUGGGUGAAGGCUUGUUUGAAUUGAACGUGUACAAAGAGACUGGUGCUAUUUUUUUCCCCCUUUUUUAAACACUACGUCAGCGCGCCUGUUGCCAUGGACCUAUAAACACCUGCCGGAGAAGAAGCACCUGGUCUGAGUGUUCAAUUGAAAUGGCUGACUGAACACUCAUAUUUCAUUUCAAGCCAAGGUUAGCUGAAGGUAUUUACUGAAGUGUAAGGACAAGGGUGUCCGGUGUGAAUGGAAACUGUAGAUAAUUCACACUAAUGCCUACAAUUGCUCACAACGGAGGGAAAUGAAAAACAAAAUGAAAGCUACAUCCCACAUCACUGGAAAUUGAAGGUACUCAAGUGGAAGGACUGAUCCCCAAUGGUAUGAAUGCCAAUUGAAAAUAAUACACAUUAAUAUGUGCAGCCACUCAUAAGGAAAGUGAGAGGGAACUUGUUCAAUGCUGGACAACAAAAUGAAAGAGACAUGUCGCAUCUGUGGACGGGAUCUGUGCGGCAACCAGCGGCGAUGGAUUUUCCACCCGACUGCCAAGCUCAAUCUGCAAGUGCUGCUGUCACACGCUCUCGGCCAGGAGCUGGCGCGGGAUGGCCGCGGGGAGUUCGCCUGCUCCAAGUGCGCCUUCAUGCUGGACCGGAUGUACCGCUUCGAUACUGUGAUCGCCCGUGUGGAAGCCCUCUCCAUUGAGAGGCUUCAGAAGCUCCUACAAGAGAAACAUCGUCUCAGGCAAUGCAUUGGCGGACUUUACCGGAAAACAAACUCGCUGGAGAAUGCUCUAACUUCUGCGGAGUGUGGUGAUGCACCAGGAGACGGGAUAGUGGAUAUUUCAGGCCUCACCCACGCCAAGUACUGUGCCCUACUUCAGGAGGACCUGGUCUACUCCUUGUAUGAAUCCUGGGCUGACGACAGUGUGGAAUGCCAACAUCACCACCACCCCCAGUCUUCAACGGGGCUAAAUUCAGAGAUUACAGGUUCUCACCGUUGUAUAUCCACCACUCCUAGAAGAUGUCGUGGAUGUUCACAUUGGCGGGUGGCAGACUCUGACUAUGAAGCAGUUUGUAAAGUGCCCAGGAAGCUCGCGCGGAGCACUUCCUGUGGCCCCUCCACCAGAUAUUCUGCAAGUCUCAUUGGAGGCAGUGGUGGAGGUGUGGAAGUAGAGGAAAAAGGAAAUGGUGAUGAGCCAGAUGAGCCACCAUCUUCUCUGACGCUAGUUCCUGGUUCUCAGGAUGUGUCAAGGACUUCAGAUAGUGACCGCACUCUAGCUGGAAGAGCCAGCUCCAGCCCCUCUAUAGCAUCCCUGGAGACAACCGAUGACUACAUCCAGCCCGGAGGCAGGAUUGAUGAACUGUUGAACUCUCCCAAGGAGUUGUUAGAUGACCAGAUAUCUGACACCACCCCUGAGGGACCUUCACAUAGUCAAUCUUCCCCUGCACCAAGCCUCUCUGUGGCCCUCUGUUUGCUCCAGAAUUAUGCUGUCCACCGACCGGUCCAAAGCACCAAGGGCAGUAAACUUCCAGUGCUGCUUAAACGGGGCUCCAGUCACGGAAGGUUGGACUUCCCCGAUCCAGUUCUGGAACUGAACUUUGGAAGUCCAGGUGGUGACAGAUACCACCGCAUGGCAACACCUGAACUGGAGGCCCCACUUAUCCAACUGCACGUUGGGCCGGACCGUGGUCUCACCUCAUCUGAUAUGGAAGACCUUUCCGAAGAUCUUUACAUAGAAUAUCCACCACCAAAUCCACAUCAGAAUCUUGUAGAGGAGCAGCAGAGCCAGCUGAACCAAUAUGAGUGUGCAGCCGGCCAAUGUGUCACCGAGCUUCAGAAGGCCCAGAUGCAGGUCCAGUCCCUGCAGGCCAAAAUCCACGAGAGUGAUUCCAACAACAUGAAGCUCCAGGAGAAGCUGACUGAGAUGGAGCGUGAGCUUCGUUCCCUCCGCCAGGCUGCUAGAAGUCAGGAGAGAACCAUUCAGGACCUCACGGAGUCCAUUAGCACCAAAGACACUGAGGCCCAGGAGUUGUAUCAGCUGGUGGAGGGUCAGAACGUCACAUUAUACAAGCUGCGAGAGAUGGCCCACCGUAAUCAGCUUACGCAAAGCAAGGCUGCCGAGGGGGUCAGCGAAUCCGUGACACUCGCUCAGCUGCAGGGAGAGCUGGUAGGAGUACAGAGCUCCCUGUUCUCCCUGGGUCUGGAACUUGAGGCCAGCCAGAGAAGCCUCAGACAGAGUCAGCGACAAGGCGAGGAUCUGGCCCGCUUCAAAGACAGACUAAACGCUGACCUCCAGGAUGCGCUCCAGCACAGGGAAGAGACUGAAAAACACAAUCAGGAGCUGCGUUGCAACCUCCAGAAAAUUCGUGCCGAGCUGCAGGCUAAAGAAGAGGCUCUGAAGGAAGCUGUGGCAGAGAGACUUACUGCUGUGCAAGAAAAAAACAGAAGCAUCGCACAACUCAAUAACUCUCUUCAGGACAAGGAGCGACAGUUACAAGAGUACUCGGAGAUGUUGGAAACACCAGAAAGCUCCAAACCAAGAGAUGCACUUCUUGAGAAACUAAGAGAGCGCAUUAAAGACAGAGACAGAGCUUUGGAGCGCUCUAUCGAUGACAAGUUUCGUUGUCUGGAUGAACGCGAGGGUCAGGUGAGGACGCUUCAGCAGGCGCUCAGGGAGAAGGACCGAGACCUGGACAGGCUCCGCUGCAUCCUAUCGAACAACGAGGAAACCAUCACGAGUCUGGAUGCUCUGGUGCGAGGUAAAGAAGUGGAGCUGGAGCAGGCAGCCGAGGCCUACAGGAACCUUCAGUGGCUGAAGCAGCAGAGUGAGGAGAAAGAGACAAACGUUUUGAGGGAGAAGGACGCCAUCAUUGGCCAGCUGCAAGCAGCACUGCAGGCUCGCAGCAAGGAGACACAGGACUUGACGGCAGCGCUGGUCGCCAGAGUUCACGCUGGCCCCACCGAGGUAGUAGAAGAGCUCAAGGCUCGACUCCAGCUGAAGGAGAAGCUCUUCCAGGAGCUGCUGUCUGACCGUAGCCGCCAGUCAAGCGAACACCAAACACGAGUGUUAGACCUGCUCAACACACUCGGUGCCAAAGACCAGUACCUGCAGGACAACUCGUACAGGCUGUCCUUGGUAAUAAGCGAGCGCACAGGUCAGCUGCAGGAGGUGCGCAGCCAGUUGUCACAGAGAGAACAGGAACUCUGCGAGCUGAAGCGGGACAAAGAGAGGGAGACUGGCAGGGAGGUGCAGCAUCUGCAAGGUCUUCUCCGAGAGAAAGAAGCGUUACUGAAGGAGAUGAUGCAAAGCCAGGAGGAGGUAAUGAUGCAGUCGUCUACAGAGCCUGAGGAAAAUGUGAAGGCCCUCCAGGAAGAGUUGCAAUUAAUCCUCAAGAAGGAGAGGGAAGCCCAGAAAGAACUCUCAGUUCUGCGUUCCUCUGUGACUGCCCAGGAGGGAAAGAGAGCCGCAACAGAAAGUACCGAACAUGUGCUGGAGCAGCUUGUGUUAGAGUACCAUCAGCUGAAUGGUGCCCUGAGGACCGAGAAGAGAUUAUACCAGAGUCUCAAUCACUCAACCGGUGACAGCAGCUCGGACAAGAUCUUGGCCCUCCACACUCAACUAGACUCAGUUCAGGCACUCCGCGGACAGCUUGAGGAGGUCCUCGGCCGGAUUCAGAACAUGGCCCUCGAGAUGGAAAGGGCUGCCAAAAGGCAGCCUAACUUAGGAGACGUCAGCUCUGACGAGGAAGAGGAGGGGGAUGAUGAAGACGGCAGCAGCGACGAGUUCACCGACAGCAUCGAAGAGGACGAGAAAGUGACGUCUGCGAGUUUGCCUUCCGAUCAGAGUGCAAGAUCCUGCGGACGUGACGAAGAGCGUGGAUCCCUGAGGACCGGAACACAGACGGCUGAACUACAGCUAAAAGAAAUACAGUCGCAGCUUGAGAAGGAAGGAUUCACCUCGGUGACCCAGAUGAGGAGCACGCUGCAGAGGCUUCAAAGGGAAAACCUGAUCCUGAAAGAGCAUCAGGGUCGGAGAUCAAACCACGGGUGUGUCGACCAGGGACAGGGUGAUGAUGAUACUGAUGAGGAAGAGGAUUACAUGGAAGAUGAUGAAGACGGGCCAACUGCAUCAAUGCCUGACAAAGGCUUGAAGCCUCCAGGUGGCAUCGGGGAGGCAGAGCGGGGCCUCAGGGAGCGUUCGGAGAGGCUUUGUUCUGAGAACCGAGAGCUGCAGGAAAGGCUAAUGGUGUCUGAGGCCACUGUCCACGCUCAGGCCGAGCAACUCAAGGACUACAGAGACCUGCUCAGCGAGACGUCUGUGCAGCAGGCCAGUAAGCAGGUGCAAGUGGAUCUUCAGGAUUUGGGCUAUGAGACUUGUGGACGCAGUGAAAAUGAAGCAGAGAGAGAGGACGCCAGCAGCCCAGAGUUUGACGACCUCGAGAUGUGCACGUCGUUGUCUCAUCAGCAGGAGGAGAGCGUGAGUGGAGGCUGGUACGCAGGAGGUAGAAACAAACAUAACGGAGGCGCCUACGAAGAAAUCGGGGAUAAGUCCACAUUGCAGCACCUGGUCCAAGAUCUGCGCACUCAGCUGACCCGCUGCCACAAAGUGAUCCGCGGGCUUCAGAUGCGUGUGCGCUCCCUGUCGGCCACAAGCGACUACGCCUCCAGCCUGGAGCGGACCUCGCGCAAGGUCAAUUGGGCUUUUGAGAUGUCGCCCGGCCAAGAGGCCGUGGAGGAGGACGAAGGCUGGAUGUCCGACACCCAAGCGACUUCACCCGGGUCCAAACCCAGUCGUGAGCUGAAAGAAUUGAUGGCGCGUGUUGCCACCUUGGAGGCACAAUUGAAGAGCUCCAAGCUGGAGGAGAAGAGCCAAGUGGAAGAGGGCAAAUGUGCCACAUGGCCGGGGAAGUACAACUCGCUAAUCCAGGCCCAAGCCCGUGAGCUCUCCCACCUGAGGCAGAAGAUGAGAGAGGGCGAAGGAGUCUCGCAUAUCCUCACCCAGCAUCUGGGCGAUACCACCAAGGCCUUUGAGGAGCUACUGCGGGCCAAUGACGUUGACUAUUACAUGGGUCAGAACUUUAGAGAGCAGCUGUCACAAAGCACCGCGUUGGCUCAGAGGCUGCUCACCAAGAUCAGCGGACGAGCGGAGAGCCCGGAUGACAAGACGGGCCAGGAGUUGCUCGCCUUGCAGCUUAGCAAAGAGCUUCAGCAGAAAGAUAAAAUCAUCGAGUCUCUGCACAACAAGCUGCAGCACCGUCCUGAGACGCCGUCCAGCUGCCAAGCCCUUUCCGAGACCACCGACCCGUCAGACCGGACCUCCUUGGUGUCGGAUGAGUGUCAAACCAAUGAAGACCUGGACCUGUGCUCCGAUUUAGACGCCCGAGAGUAUCCGGAUGAGGAACAGCGGCUGCAAUCCCGUCCGGACGGGUUCCCGGAUCUACACGGCAAUCCUCUUUUCUCUCUCCCGCCCGGUGCCCCCAACCAGUGCGAGCGCUCCGCCUACAGCCAGCUUCCCCAUCACACCUUUCAACAGUACCAGCUGGGCGGCAUCCCCGAGGGUCACUCGUUCAUGUCGGACUCAGGUCUGCCGGCAGGAGGGGGGGCCAUCUGGGACGUGGACAACAUGACUCAGCCUAUGGGGAACUAUUCUGGAGUCCCGAGACAUCUCCUGGGAAGUAGCCAGACAGGGCCGAAUGUAAUCGAAGAGCACCUACGAGAGGUGCGGUGUCUCCGCCAGCGUCUGGAAGAGUCCAUUAGGACCAACGAGAAGCUCCGACAGCAGCUGGAGGAGAAACUGGCGAACCCCGGGCGCGACGGAGGAGCGCCAACAAACAUCUACAUUCAGGGGCUGGACACAGUCACACACCUGUCUAAUGAAAUCCGAGUCCUGACAGACGAGAACUUGAAUCUGCAGUCCCGUCUGCAGGCCAGCACAGACUCGUGCGAGGAGCUGAUCGCAGCACGCGCUCGCCUCAAGCAGGCCGAGCUGGAGGCCGAGCAGCGGAAGGAGGAGUUGAGACGACUUCAGGCCCACAGCGAGGAGCAGGGACGGCAGAUCCACGACCUGAGGCAGGAGAGGCAGGCCGGUCAUGAGAAGAUCAACAGAGUGCAGCAUGAGGCGUCGCUACUCCAGCAGCAGCUGAGCGAGAGCAGGGAGCUCAUCCACUCUCUGCAGACCGAACUGCAUGUUUAUGAUCGAGUGUGCUCCAGCUUUAAGUCCACCAAAGGCUUCCUGUGCGAGAGCCCCGGCCUGCCCGUGGAGUUGGGCGAGCUCCUGACCGAGGUGAGGAGUCUGCGAGCCCAGCUGCAGACCAGCGUCCAGGAGAACAGCGCCCUCAAGCAGCUGGAGCUCCACAAGCAGCUGGAGCAGAAGCUCGGCGGCGGCUCCCCUCGCACGCCGUCCCUGUCGGCCUUCGGCGCCAGCCCGCAGAGAGAAAACUUCUACCGACGUCAGCUGCUGCAUGACCCGGCCCCGUCUCCGCCCGUCAGGGACAUUGGUCUCUUUAAUUGCGGAUCUCCCUGUCCCCCCUACUCGGACCUGGAUGACAGCCAUAGCACGGCCAACGACCCUCUCGACCCUCACUCCGAGCUGGAAGGUGACGCCCCCGACGGCUCCUUCGCCAACCGCUACGGCCGCCACGCGGUCGGUCACGUGGACGACUUCACCGCUCUGCAACAGCAAGUCCUGGAAGGUCGCGGCAUCGUGCAGCGGGUGGAGGCGGCGCUGCACGCGUGCCUGACCCCGCCUUCACCGUUGGGGGGCACCCAGAAACAGAACAGUGAGAUGUUCUUGGAUCAUGCCAGUGCUAAGAGUCUCCUCUCCAACACCAAAACCCUGAGGCAGAUUUUGGAGGAAGCAGCGUCUCUUCUGAAGAUGUUUUGGAGGGCGGCGCUGCCCAGCUCCGACAUGUCCAUGCCGAACCUGAAGAAGGAGCAGUCCAUGCAAGAGGAGAUCUUGUCCCUGAAGCUCCGCAUGUCCGAGCAGGAGGAGGUCCUGAAGGGGACCAUUCAAAGACUGAGGAGCACCAGCCGCACCAAGGAGAGCAUGGAGCAUUUCAUCGUCAACCAGCUGUCAAGGACUCGGGAUGUUUUGAAGAAAGCCAGGACAAACUUGGAGCUGAGAAACCAGGAUUUGGUCCCCGAGCGCAGCCUGCUGAUGUCCUUCGCCUGAGGACAGACGGGGUGGAACCGAGCCAAUGCCCGGCAGCUCGGAAGCGCACCAGCCAAUGCUUGCUUUAGACCGCCCAACAACCAGCCUCAACGCCACCACCUGUGACCUCAAUAUCAAAAAUAAUAACCCUCCUCUUUAACCUCCGACUUCGACCGGGCCGUGGCAAACUGCCUUCAGCCUUUUUACCCCCUAAAACUGCCGUUCAUGUUCUUUGAGUGGAACCGUCAGCAGUGUGUGUGAUAGAAGGCGUGUGAAAUGUGUCCUCGGUGGUUUCAGUGACAAGCCGGACAGAGCGGCUCGAAGGCGCUCCGACGGGUGGUGUGGUGGUGCACGAAGGAGGCGCUCCGACGGGAGCGCCUCCUUCCGAAAGCCUGCGGAGGGAAAAAGGUGUUUUGUGCACGUUCAAUUUGAGGUUUUUGAGAGGAACGCUGCACACGCGUACACUACAUUUGAAAAGGUUGGGGUCACGUACAAAUGUCAGUUCCGGUGUUCCACAGGGAUCUGUUCUUGGCCUUCUUGUGUUUAGCAUUUGAAGAGGUUGGGGUCACUUACAAAUGUCAGUUCCGGUGUUCCACAGGGAUCUGUUCUUGGCCUUCUUGUGUUUAGCAUUUGAAGAGGUUGGGGUCACUUACAAAUGUCAGUUCUGGUGUUCCACAGGGUUCUGUUCUUGACCUUCUUGUGUUUAGCAUUUGAAAAGGUUGGGGUCACUUACAAAUGUCAGUUCCGGUGUUCCACACGGUUCUAUUCUUGGCCUCCUUCUGUUUAGCAUUUAUCGCCUUCUCCUUGGCAACAUCUGAGCUAAAUGUAGCAUCUGUUUCAACUGCUACACAAAUGACACCCAGCACUACCGCUCAACUAAUUUUAUCCAUCAGCUUCUUUUCUGGUAAACGGUGCCUAGUGCUGCACUUCAGUUUUGGCAUUUCCCCCUCCCCCACUAUUUAAUCAUUUGAGCACCCUCAUUUGCAGCAGCAGUUGUCCGGCGCAAUUGCAACAUCCAGUUAGCCAGCCAGCUAUACUGUACCGACACCUUUCAAAAAUGUAUCUUCCCUUUAGGUGAUCCAGCGGUGUGGCUGUUCUAGAGCGCCUCGUUGUCAACAAUGAGUGCGAGGAUAUCACCCAGAGUAAGCCAGAAUAGUUUUAAGCACUGAGUUUCAUUUCAAUAACCCCCAAAACAAAAUCAGAAAUGGCGGGACGGUGGCUCAGCUGGAAAGCGUUGGCCUCACAGUUCUGAGGUCCCGGGUUCAAUCCCGGACUCGCCUGUGUGGAGUUUGCAUGUUCUCCCCUUGCCUGCGUGGGUUUCGUCUGGGCACUCCGGUUUCCUCCCAUAUCCCAAAAACAUGCAACAUUAAUUGAACACUCUAAAUUGCCCCUAGGUGGGAUUGUGAGUGCGACUGAUUGUCUCGACGUGCCCUGCCAUUGGCUGGCAACCAGUUCGGGUUGUACCCUGCCUUCUGCCCGUUGACAGCUGGGAUAGGCUCCAGCACUGCCCGCGACCCUCGUGAGGAUUAGCGGCAAAAGAAAAUGGGUGGAUGGAUAAUCAUAAAUGCAGUUUUUAAUGGAGUCACCGAUGGUGUAGUGGUACACAUGCCUGCCUUUGAUGCGGGCAGCUUGGGUUCAAUUCCCGCUCAGUGGUGUUGUCGAUAUCUGCCCUGCGACUGACUGGCAACCAGUUCAGGGUGUAGUCCGCCUUUCGCGAGAAGCUAGCUGGGAUGGGCUCCAGCUUUCCCGCAACCCUUGUGAGGAUAAGCGGCUUGGACCAUAACAUGACAGUUUUUAUUGUGGUUUAAAAAAUUUCUAAGUGAUCCCCAAAGUUUCGAACAGUUGUGUUUUCAUUGUAAACGUGACAUUUUGUGCUUGAUCCCAAACUUUUUAACGGUAGUGUACAUGUGCAGUGUGGGUUGUCAAGGAAAGUUCACUCAAAGCCCGAGAAAACAAAAGUUACAGCAAAAAUUUGAAGGAAUCUUUUUGCCGAGGCAACGCAUCCAACUCCCUGACAUUCACAACGUAUCAGCAGACGUAACGUCGGCCCGGUGGCUGGUUCUGUAAUAUUUUGGGCGUAUCGCCACUGGUAGACACCAGCAAAUGGCUCCUUUCCGGUUCUUCACUUGGCGAAAUUUGGCAUUUCUGACAAGCAUGUGUGCUAAAUUGUGAAGUUGAAAUGUUGAAAAAAAAAAAAAAAAAAGGAGGAGCUCAUGUACGAGCAUGUGCAAUAAUGCUUGAAUGAUCACACUGGAGUGUCACAUGAUCAUGAUUGUUUUUAAAAAAAUUAAAAAUCUCACACUAUAGGACAAGAGAUUGCCAUUACUUGCCAAAGUUUGAACUUUAACUUGCCUUAACCAUGUGAGUGAGUAUUUAGCCUACCGUGAGGACUUUUUAGAACUACGUGGCGCCAGUUUGGUUUGUAUCUAGUGGUGCAAUGAAUUUCUGUUUUGGACCAAAAAAAAAAUAUAUAUAUAUAUAUAUAUAUAUGAAAAACAGCAAAAAAUGCGAGUUUCCUCCAAAAAGGCCUCCUGCCGUUCAUUUUGUGUUUCUAGGAUUUUACAUUCUCAUGGCUCACGGUCAUGUUAUAGAUAAUGCAAACUUUGGCAGGCGAACUGGUGGGAUGGUCGUUGUGUACAUUUUUUUUGUUUUUUUUUUGCUUUGUUUGAUGCUUGUACAUGUGCCACUUGUGCUGUAAAUGACCAGUUUUCUAUUAUG